UUCUGGCUGUUCCCCAUUGCAUCAGGGAAGUGGUGCUGAGCUAAUCCAGGGAGGCGUCGAGGCGCGAGCUGUAUUUAGAGUCAGCCACCUGCUUGGGAACAUCAAGCGGCAGAAAGAGCCUGCUUCAGCAAAAACCUCCCCUGUGCAUUCCGCAGCAGCGGCUUCCAGCAGGCCCUCCCUCCUCUGCCUGGCUCUGCAGGAGGCCUCCAAAGGGCUCAGCACCUGAAGACAGACCCUGCCAGCCCAGGAAUGCUCUGAGCCUGGCACUCCCUCUGCCCAGGAACUGCCAGAUAUUUUGGACAGCUGCAAGGUGGGAUUAAAUCACGUGGGUGAAGAGUGGCCUAAUCUCUACAUAGGCAAUAUACAGCUUCUUCACCAAACUGAGGAAAACGAAAAGCUGUCUCUGAUACAGCCUGAGUGCAUGCAAGGGAGCAGAAGAUGCCUCACACCAGAAACUCUUCAUCUCUGACAAGCAGCACUUCCUAUGAAACACCAGCACUAUCAGAUCUCCAGCAGCUCCUGUGGCUCAGAGGAGGCUCUGAUAAUCAUGUGGACCAAGUCUGGCCAAAUAUCUACCUGGGAGAUGCGUGGGCUGCUAGGAGCAAAACUACACUUCAAAGCCUCAACAUUACUCAUAUCCUUAAUGCAGCAGAUGGACCAUAUAGCAUCAACACGGGAGCCAAAUAUUAUGCAGAUCUGCAAAUAGAGUACUAUGGAGUGGAAGCAUUUGAUGAUCCUUCCUUCAAUUUAAGUACCUUCUUCUAUGAUGCUGCCAAUUUCAUAGGCAAGGCCUUAAACUCUCCAGGAGGUAAGGUGUUUGUUCAUUGUGCCAUGGGAGUGAGCCGCUCAGCAACUUUAGUGCUUGCCUUCUUAAUGAUCCAUGAAAACAUGACACUGGUGGAUGCCCUGAAGACAGUGAGUGCUCACAGAAACAUCUGCCCAAAUUCGGGGUUCCUCAGCCAGCUCCGGGACUUGGACAUUAAACUGACUGAAGAGAAGAAAGGAACCAGAGCAUCUGCUACCAAAGGCCUGUAAGAAAGUAUUGCUGAAAGAAAGAGGACAAAAUCUUGUUUGAGUUGCCUGUAUCUCUUAUAGAUGAACAGCAUUUAUAAAUUUAGGACACAAGUUUAUGAGACACCAGGACGCAUGUUAUUAAUAAAAAUAGAUUUUCCUUGAUCUUUCCAUUUUGCAAAGCCUUCCUAGAUUUAUAUUUAUGAUUGGUUGUAUACUCUAUCCUUCACUCUCCACCUUAAAACAUU